AUGAGCCAAGAGUACUUUCCUGCUACUGGCAGCUCGUCUGCCUCCAAAGAUGCGUCCUCGAGCCACCAAGAGCACGACGAACAGAAACCGUCAUUUCCGAACUCGUGGGCAGCACCACAAUAUAUGACCGUUGGCAAUGGAGCAAGACCAGCCGCUGCCGAAGCACUUAUUUCGUCUUUGAAUCAUGAUUCCGGCUACGGUGGAAGUGUUGCUGGAGAUGGCGCGCUCGAGGGAGACCUGACCGAUUGGCAGGCCGGAAUGCUUGAAGACCGGCCGACGCCUGCGCAUACACCUCGUGAGACAGGCCCAGAGGGCGACGCGGGGAGACAAAUACUUGCGAGUCACGUUCAUCAACUUCAAUAUAACGCGAAUCGAACCAAACUAGCCAGAGCGAUUAGCCAAGCAAUCAAGAUUCUAGAAGGUUUACGGGAUAUGAACGGACAAUGGCCACUUCAUUAUCCAUCAUAUCAACCUUCAGAACGACCGUCGUUGCAGCAAACCAGGUCGCAAGACGACAUACAUACCUUGGAAAACCAAGAAUCCUCACCGUCACGCCCACCCCCAAUCAGGCGUGCAGCUACAUCUCUCGAUACUGCCGACGCUGGCGAAUCUAGUGCUGCUGCUGAGCGCCGUGCACUACCGGAGCCCCGUCUGAUGAGUCGCGAAAUGGCCGAAAAGUUUAUGGUUCUGAAAAUUGAACUCAAGCUCGGGGCUGCCUCCCAGACGGAACUUGUCCACUCACUGGAGAAAAAGUCGAUUGCCUCGUUAUUGAACGGGAAGAUAAAUCAGAGCGUCAAGCAUCUCCUAGCGUUAAGAGAUCGCAUCAACGACACAUCUAGUAAAGUAUUGAUCACCGGAGACUUGAAUGCUGGAAAAUCAACCUUCUGCAACGCAUUGUUACGUCGCAAGAUUUUACCGGAAGACCAGCAACCUUGUACUAGUAUCUUCUGUGAGGUGCUCGAUGCGCGGGAAAAUGGCGGGGUUGAAGAAGUCCACGCUAUUCCCAAGGAACGAAUUUACAACCGCAACGAUGAAAGCACAUACGAUGUCUUUUCGCUAUCGGCAUUGGAGGAUAUAGUAACCGACAACUCAAAGUACACCCAGUGCAAAGUCUACGUGAAAGACGUUAGGACUAUCGACGAAUCUCUUUUGAAUAAUGGUGUUGUUGACAUUGCCCUGAUCGACGCCCCUGGUUUGAACUCGGACUCUGUCAAGACAACCGCGGUAUUUGCACGCCAGGAAGAGAUUGAUGUCGUUGUCUUUGUUGUGUCUGCGGCCAAUCACUUUACGCUAUCUGCGAAGGACUUUAUUAUGAGCGCAGCACAUGAGAAGGCGUAUAUGUUUAUGGUUGUCAAUGGAUUCGACAAUAUACGAGACAAAGGAAGGUGCCAACGGAUGAUUCUGGAUCAAAUAGCCAAACUGAGUCCUCACACAUACAAGGACGCUGAGGAGCUAGUUCAUUUCGUUUCGAGCAAUGCUAUACCAGUUCAACCCGGCAUCACUGCAGGAUCUGGGUCUGGUGGUGGUGGCGAUCCAUCUGACCAUGAUGAGCCCAGCGAUCCUGAGGAUGGUGCUGACGGAAAGGGAAAGAAGGGGAAAGGUAAAGGCAAAGAGAAGGAGAAAAUCCAGGAUUUCGAAAAGCUGGAAGGAGCCUUGCGCCGUUUCGUUCUUGAGAGGCGUGCACGAUCGAAAUUGGCACCUGCACGAACAUAUAUUCUCAAUGUGCUGUCUGACAUUAAUACGUUGGCAUCAGUAAAUCGGGACGUUGCUCAAUCGGAACUUGAUCGCGUCAGUUCAGAGCUUGAAGAGAUCGUGCCUGCGUUUGAAGAUGGAAAGAAAAAGAAAACAGAGAUCGCGGAGCAGGUCGAGAUUGCCAUAGAGAGGUCUUGUGAGGAUGUUUACAACUACACGCGCCAGAACCUGAACAACACGAUAGACAAGGUCGCUUACGCUGACCUUGGUGUGGAAUAUCCCGGGUUGCUCUCCGCUUUUCAGUACGCAGAAGAUCUCAAGAUUGCCAUGCUUGAUCAGGUAUCGGCCGCAGUGCUCGAGUGCGAGAAUUAUGCUCGCGCAAAGACAACGCAAGGAGUCUCUUACAUUCAACAACUUGGUUUGUUGCAUGUCGGGGAAGAUAAAUUCCCCGCUUUGAGUUUCCGAGCCGACAACAUGUUCCAAAGACGACGACAUGCUUUGGCAAGACAAAUUGAUACGCAGGUAGAAUUGUGGGAUUUUUUCGAUAUUCCUGGACUCUGGGAACGACAAGAAAAGGUUGCCGGUACUGGUGUCGCCAUGACGGCUGUCACAGUACUCGGUGGACGCGCCAUUGCAGGAUUUGGUUGGAUAGAUGGAGUUUUCGGUGCUGCGAAAGUGCUCGGGUCUAACAACAUACGGCGAAUGAUUAUCCCUGGAAUGGUUGCAGCUGCGAUUUUGACAACGGCUUAUGUCCUCUCAAUCAUCCCUCAGACUCUUCCUCCUCGCCUUUCACGCAAAUUGGCGGCUUCCCUCGCCGAAGUAGACUAUGUCCACUCAAACGCUUCACGUAUCUCAACUCAAGUCCGCCGUGUAUUGGGCAUGCCAGCUGCCAACUUACAUUCUCAUCUUGCUCAGGGUGUCGAGGAUCUAGCACGUCGCAGGGAAGAAGUGGCCAAGAUCAAGCAGGAGAGCGAAGUUGCCAGAAAGUAUUUCGCCAACUUAUUCCGAGAAACCCAAGAAAGUCGACGAACAGUCGAACAGAUUGACCUGGAAGGUCCUCUACCGGGAGCCUUGGCUCAUUAA